UUACCAAAAUUAAAGAAAUAUAUAAUUUAGAAGAAAAAUUAAAAAGUUAUAAGUUUUCUGCAUCAAUAGUUAGCUAGUGCACGAGAGAGAAAUUUUGAAAGAGGAAUAGAAGAAGAAAAUAAGAAUAUAUAUAUAUAUAUGAUUAACUUAUUAAAAAUUAGUAGUAAGACUAAGUUAAUUAGUAGUUUGAGCUCAAGUGCUUCUGCAUUUAAAAUAAUCAAACAAAAUUCUGAAAAUUUAUAAUUUCAAAAACUAAUAACCAAAUAAUUAUAUCAAAUGUCAAGAUAAAUCUAAAGCAAUUCUAAUAAGGGAGAAGGCUCAGACUAUGAGAGUCAUCAAAGCUCCGACAACCAACAGAAAUAAGGAAAUGGCUACUUCAAUAACAGAAAUGUCAAUGGCCAAAAUUAAAAUGGCUACUAAAGCAAUGGCUAUAACAAUAGAGGUGGAUAUCAAAAGAGCUACGGAACAAACAAGUACAAUAACGGAAAUGGCUAUGGUAACUCCAAUGGUGGCUACUUCAAUAACAACAAUAAACCAAAUGGAUACUUCAAUGCCAAUAAAAAGUUUGGAAAUGAAGAGCAAAAAACUAACGUAGAUAAUCAAAAACCUUACGGAUACAACUAAUAAAAUAACAACUAGUCUAAUAAGGACUUGAAUAACAGCGGCUACAGUGAUGAAAAUCACUUAGGUGAAAAUUUACACGAUAUUGACUACACAAAGGUCGAGCUCAAGCCUUUCUAAAAGGUUUUCUACUAAGUUGGUAAAUCAAUACAUACUGAUGAAGAAAUUGCUACCUACUAAAGAGAGAAGGGUAUUAUAAUCCGUUCAAAGCACAAAGAGGUUCCCUAACCUUUCAUAAAAUGGAACGAAACCAAAUUCCCCAAAUAUAUUAUGUCCGUAAUAGAAGACAGCAAAUUCUCUGAACCUAUGCCCAUCUAAGCUCAGUCUUUCCCUAUUGUGUUGAGUGGUCAUGACUUGAUAGGUAUUGCUUAAACUGGUUCAGGAAAAACUCUUUCUUUCAUGCUUCCUGCUCUUGUUCAUAUUAAUGCCCAAGAUCCCGUAAAGCCAGGCGAAGGCCCUAUUGCAUUAGUUUUGGCUCCAACCAGAGAAUUGGCAAACUAAAUAUAAGAACAAUGCUUCAAAUUUGGCAGCAAAUGCAAAAUUAGCAGUGUUUGUGUUUAUGGUGGUGCCCCUAAGAUUUACCAAGAAAAGGAACUCCGUAAUGGCUGCGAUAUUGUCAUUGCUACUCCUGGUAGACUCAUUGAUUUCUUGGAAAGUAAUGUUAUCGACUUGAAGAGAGUAACUUAUCUUGUUCUCGAUGAAGCCGAUAGAAUGCUUGAUAUGGGUUUUGAACCUUCCAUCAGAAAAAUCGUUGGCUAAAUCAGACCUGAUAGAUAAACUCUUAUGUUCUCUGCUACUUGGCCUUAAACUGUUAGAAGACUUGCCCUUGAUUUUUGUCAUGGAGAUCCUAUUCACAUUCAAAUUGGUGAUAUGGAAAACAACGUCAACAAUGAUAUCGAUCAAUAAGUUGAAAUCAUUGAUAAAAGCCAAAAAUACGAUAGAGUUAAAGAAAUUCUUAGCACAAUGACAAGAUCUGAUAAGACCAUUAUCUUUACUUAAACAAAGAAAGAUUGUGAUGAUCUUAGCAAAGCUCUCUAAACUGACAAUAUAAGAAACAUCUGUAUCCAUGGUGAUAAAUCCCAAAGAGAUAGAGAUAAAGUUAUGGACCUCUUCAAAACUGGUAGAGUCAACACUUUAAUUGCAACCGAUGUUGCAUCUAGAGGUCUUGAUGUCAAGGACAUUAAAUUAGUUAUUAACUAUGAUUUCCCUAAGCAAAUCGAAGACUACGUACAUAGAGUCGGUAGAACUGGAAGAGCAGGUGCUUAAGGUAAAGCUAUUUCAUUCCUUGAUCAAUAUGAAGACAAGAAGAUUUCUAAGGAAUUAGUUGAUGUCUUGAAGUAAAAUAAUUAAGAAAUUAGUCAAGAUCUUCUUGAACUCUCUGAAGCAAACUACAAGGGUAAUUACAGUAAUAACUAUAAUAAGAACAGAAGUAGCAAGCCUUACAGUGGUGGAUACAAUAAUAACAGAAACUAUUAUGGAAAUAAUAACGAAAUGGGUUUCAGAAACAGCAAUAAUGGAUUCUCUAACAAUGGCUACCAAAAUGGUAACAGCAACGGAGGUUAUAGAAGCCAAUAGAACAAUAAUGGGUUCCAAAAUAAUAACUAUAACCGUGACUUCCCUAAGAGAUAGGAAGAUGGCAACGGUGGUUCUGAACAACCUAAGAAAUUCGGUUUCUUCAACCCAAAGAAAGACAACUGA